AUGGCACCGCUGCUGCAAGUGCUUCUGAGUCUUCUCUCGGCCGCCGUCUCGGCGCAGACGGCGCUGCGGUUCAGCACGCCCGUGCCCAUCGCGCUCACGCUCCACGGCAGCGGUCCCGUGACGCAGGUGCUCUCGAGCGACCGCGCGACGUCGCUCUCAGUGCACAUUGCGUCCAUGCACCUCCCGCCCGGCGCGACGCUGACCAUCGGCACGGAGGAUGGCCGCGACAAGGUCGUGUACUCGGGCGAUCUCCGCGACGUCUACUCGGCGGUCUUUACGCAGCCGCGGAUCCUCCUCAACUACACGUCGCCAACGUAUUCUAUGAACAGCAGUGCGCCGAUUGUGACGAUUGACACGUACUUUGCGGGCGGCGCUGGCGGUGGCACCGAGGCCAUCUGCACGUCGACGGGCGAUGC